UCUCAUUUGCUUCUUCCAAUCACCAAAAGUCCAAAACCCAAAUCUCGAUUCUGGGUUAUGGGUUAUGGGUUCUGGUUUCUGGUUUCUUCACUCAAUGAAAUGAAGCUAGAAACAAAAACUCGAACAUGAACCAAUGAUGCUGAUUAUGUGUUUGAUACAACAAAGUUAGCAGUGGUUCAUGUUCUUCAAUUUGCGACAAACGUUACAGUAAUGGCGUGGAGAAAUGGGUGUGAGGAAGUGGCCCAAUCGAAGCCUCUGUUCCUCACGAUCUACACCGUUGUCAUCAUUGGAAUCGUUGUUUCCUUCUUCUAUGUCUUCUCUGCAAUUUACUCUUCCAACAACUUGCUCUCUUCACCUUCCACUGUUUCUUCUUCCUUCUCUCAACCCGCUUCCAUAUCUUGCUCGCUAUCCAGAAGCAGAUGUUUUGAUUUCAAGUGAUCAGUUAAUACCAACAGUUGUUGAUGACAGUCUCGAAGGUGAAAAUGAUAUGUUGAUGAGUGUUAAUGUUGCAAGUGUAAGGAGUGUAUGAAGUUAAUCCCACAUCAAAUAAAGUAAGAAAAAGUGAUAUCGUACGCAAAAGCUGGCAAAGCAAUGGAAAGAAAUGCUUCUAGCUGAUGACAAGAUAUGGGAUCAGAAUGGCUUUAAUGAUAUCGUACGCAAAAGCCUAGGACCAUCGGUUGGUGAUGACAGUGGACUUAUUUAUGCAUUUGAUGGAAAUCUGAAGCUGGGAAUUUUGCCUGCAAAUAUUUUCUGUAGUGACCAUACAUAUUUUGUCUAGGUAGGAAGCAGUAUGAUACAUACAUACAUACAUCUAUGUAUCAGCAGCUAAGGUUGAAGCCACAACAUUUCAAUAUGGAGGCACUGAAGGAAAGCGUCACCAACUGCGAGAAGCCAUGCUUUUCCAUGAUCCACCAGAAUACUAUAAUCCUCCAGGUACUCAGUUGCUUUUGGUAAGAGCAUCCAGCAGCGUCAGGGACUCAUGAAAGAUGACACGCGCAGCGCAGCGUUUGGAGAAGAAGAUGUCUUCCAUUAGUUGAUCUGCCUGGGGUGGCCUACCGGUAGCUUCUCGGGUCGGGUUGGAUAACCUAACCCAUGACCC